AAUCUAUAAAGAGGGCUGCGUAGGAAACUGAAACCCACUGCCAGCGCUCACGAGAAGAGACAGACAUCCUCCAGCUGCCAUUCAUUCCUGAAACAAGAUGCUGGAAUUUGCUGUCGUGAUGACGGUGGGGGCGCAGCUGGCUUUCGGCUCUCUCGUCUGUCCCAAUGGAAACGUGUGCCCUGAUACGUCCACCUGCUGCAGCACGGAGUACAAGGACGGGUGCUGCCCUUAUCCGAAGGCCGUGUGUUGCCCAGGCCGCUCACGCUGCUGCCCCGAGGGCUACGAGUGCAACGUGCAGGCCCAGAUGUGUGAGAAGCUGGGUGUGGAGAGCAUGCCCAUGCUGCAGAAGACGCAGGCAGAGGAGCCCGCUGCAGUCCCUGCUCUGAGUGUGCAGGCAGCCAGUUCGGUGGUCCACUGCGAUGCGAUAUAUGUCUGCCCCGACGGGACGACCUGCUGCAGACACCCGGCAGGGCUGUACACCUGCUGUCCCCUCUCACCAGCACAGUGCUGUCUGGAUGGUUACCACUGCUGCCCGUGGGGUUACAACUGCGACCCUACGUACACAAGAUGCGUGAGGAAUGGCGUACCGCACCCCUUUUUCGUACACAAGCCCAUGAGUAUUAUUAAAGCCACAAAGGUGUCAACAGCACAGGAUGAGCUGCAACAGACCGUCGUUGCCCGGUCUCAGAACUCGGUCAUCAUCUGUGACGUAAACUUCUACUGCCCCAUGGGCAACACAUGCUGCAAGAGCCCUGCAGGAAAGUGGGGCUGCUGCCCAUAUCCGCUGGGCCAGUGCUGUAAGGAUGGAGAGCAUUGCUGCGAAUAUGGCUUCAAAUGCGAUCGAACAUCUAAGGAGUGUAUUAAAGGAUAUCUCAGAGUACCUUCAGCCCUGAAGCAGGCUCAGCAAAUUUGACACAAUGCACCGGGUGUCCUUCAUUAGUGUUGUGCAUUUUUGAUUUAGUCUUCGACCUCAACGCCUUUCACUAAUUAUUACAUACUACAAUGAGGAUUGCAUACAAAAAUAUAUUUACCACAGUGAAAAGGAUUUAUAACAACACAAGACAACAUAUCAGUUAUGUGAUCUGAACACUUUAUGUUGAUUCUUUCGCAUUGCUUUGAUCAUGCUUAACUUUAAAAAAUUAAUCACUGAAAUAAAAUUCUAAGACAUAUAAUGGAACAAUAAAUGCAUCUUAAACAUCAAAA